AAACGAACCGUCGGUUGGUUAUUCAACGGAAGGAAGGGAGAAAAAAAAACCGUCGGCGGGAGACCUUCUCCCAAAUCUGAAACCCCACAAACAGUGAAGAAUUCAGAUCUGGAACCCGAACCACAAGUGACCAAUUUCCCCAAUCGAUCCAGCGUCGAGACCCGGCGGGAGCUUGAAAUCAAAGGGGGACUGUUCCCUCGGCCACUCCGCCCGGCGACGAAAAAGCGACAUUACAGCCAACGCCGCGACAAUGCAGCUUCUCCGUACCUCCCCGCACCUCCUCUGCUUUCUCACUCUGCUUCUCGCCUCCAAAAUGUCCGCCGUUUCCGCCUCCGGCCAGGUUCCGGCUCACAAGCCGGUUUCCGACCAGCACUGGUACCCCGCCACCGCCACCUGGUACGGCAGCCCCGAAGGCGACGGCAGCGACGGGAUAGGAGGCGCGUGCGGGUACGGGUCGAUGGUGGACGUGAAGCCGUUCCGGGCCCGGGUCGGGGCGGUGAGCCCGGUUCUAUUCCGCAACGGGGAAGGCUGCGGUGCCUGCUACAAGGUCCGGUGCUUGGACAAGAGUAUUUGCUCGCGCCGGGCGGUGACGGUAAUCGUCACCGACGAGUGCCCCGGCGGCUACUGCUCCAACGGCCGGACCCACUUCGACCUCAGCGGCGCCGCCUUCGGAAGGAUGGCCGUCUCCGGCGAGGGCGGCCAGCUCAGGAACCGCGGCGAGCUCUCCGUCAUUUACCGCCGGACGGCGUGUAAGUAUCCGGGGAAGAACAUAGCGUUCCAUGUGAACGAAGGGUCGACGAAUUACUGGCUUUCUCUGCUGGUGGAGUUCGAGGACGGCGACGGCGACGUUGGUUCCAUGCACAUCCGACAAGCGGGCGGGAGUGAGUGGAUGGAGAUGAAGCACGUCUGGGGUGCAAACUGGUGCAUAAUUGGGGGCCCAUUGAUGGGCCCAUUCUCGGUGAAGCUCACCACUCUGUCAACGGGCCGAUCCCUCUCGGCCCGGGAUGUGAUCCCGGGGAAUUGGUCGCCCAAGGCUACCUACACUUCUCGACUCAACUUCUCUCCUUCCAAGCCAUGAACAUGAAUCAAGGCAUUUGGGGACUCUCUGUUUCAUGGGUUUUUGAAGAAAAUUAGCCCCUUGGAUUAUAUGCUAUCUUUUCGAGGGUCUAAUAUAUCUUUUUUUUUAUGUUUUUUUUUUUUUUAACCUUUGCAAGGUCGAGUGUGUUUUGUUUGUUUGUGUGUUUGUAGCCCUCUCCAAAGGGAGAGUGAGCUGUAUUUACUUGUCUCCAUAGGGUUACGUAAUGUAAUGUAAUGGGUUGGUUGUUUUGCUUUCGGGUUGUUCUUGUUUUGGUGCAAGUUUUUAUUGUUCUUGUUGUUGUAGGACCUCGUACCCUACGCAACGGGUCUUGAAAUCAAUGAGAACUACUUGCUUGGAUUGAAUAAGGUACUAUUUUUCUUUUGUUCCUUCUGUUAUACGUCCAAUCAAGGUCAUGAUUAUGACCCAACUUCUUCACAACUGUGAUGAGGACAAAAUUAAAAGACAC